AUGGCGACAAACGGCGCUAUAGGCCGAGCAUCGUCAGUGGCCUCAAGCUCCGGAGCGAGUUUUGUCGAUGCAUCGGGAUACAAGUUUAGUGAUAAGGACAAUCGGCCCGGAAAGCUCAAGGUUUCCAAGAAGACGGCCGCUAAGAUCGCGAAAGCUGGGAAAAAGGGUUCGGAACAAGUAGAAUCGAAAGAGGGAGACCCUGAAUCCCGCGCAUCCUCGUCCCCCAUCCUCCCUGAAAUGGACGAGAAAAUCAUGGCCACAUUUCCCAACGGCAAAUUACGAGAAGCUCAAUUGGAAACAGUGAUAUGCAAACAUUGUAAACGACCAGUCUUAAAACAAACGUCCGCAGAGCACAUACGAGGCUGCCUUAAAGCUAAACAAGAGAAAGCGCGAAAGAAGAAAGAAGCUCGUGAUGCUGCCAAUAGAGCAAAAGAGAAGGCUUUAGGGAAGGACAAAGGGAAGGAUGGCGACGAUAAAGGCGAUGACGGGACUGGUCUUGGUGGAGAUGAUGGCGGCGCGAUGAAGGGUCAGAAGAGCGCAAAAAAAAGUGCUGCGGGGGAAGACGGGCCGAAGAAGGGCAAGAAGCGCAAAGCUGACGGAGAUGAUGAUAAAGAUAAGGAGCCAAAGAAGAAGAAAAAGAAAGACGAGCCCAAGCCCAAGGUCCCCAAACCGAAGGGUCCUGUCGAUGUAGAAAAACAGUGUGGUGUCCCUCUCCCCAACGGUGGCCAGUGUGCGCGAUCUUUAACAUGUAAGAGCCAUUCCAUGGGUUCUAAACGAGCUGUCCCUGGACGGUCGUUACCGUACGAUAUGUUGCUUCAGGCGUAUCAGAAGAAGAAUCAGGCGCGACAGCAGAAGGCUGCCAUCGAUGCGAAUGCGCCGAUCCACGACGAUAUAGAUGGCAAUGGGGCAAUCGACUCGGAUGAGGAGAAAGACACCGUGAUGGCAGGCCUUGCUCGGUCGAAUCCGCAGCCGCUAAUAACCCACCCUCUAAUCCCAACGAGACGCAAAUACCAUCUCGUGCGCAUGAAGGAGAUGCUUUCGCAAGUUCUUGGGGGUACCAGGGGAGGAAUCUUUUCCCAGCCACGCGACACGAGCAGUCAGAGUCAAGGUCAAGGCGGGGGCGGAAGGACAAUGUUCCCAUCUGAUUCUACAAACUUUUCAUCAUCCCCCACAAGCGCCGUUGACUCCGCCGCGCAAUCUGCGGAGAGCUCGAGAAAGCCUUCCAUCUCUCAACAAGCAGCGCAGAAUCGAGCUUCCCAGGCCGCUGCUGCUGCCGCUGCGGCAAAGAAGCCCACCGCUACUGCGUCAGCUGCAACGUCUGCUACAGCUGCUGCUGCGACGACUUCGACAGCUGCAACUGCAGCCUGA